AUGGAUGAAAUAGAAUACAAAUUAAAAACUAAAAAUAGCGUGCUCAUUGUUAAUGCAAUUGAAAAAUUGAUAUCAACAAUAAAAUCUAAGUAUAAACCUGGAGAAAGACAAAAAUUUGUGGUAGAAAAUGAGGAGUUGAAAUAUUUAAGGGAAAAAUGUUCGUCUGAAGAUAGUAUAGUAAGCUUGACCGCGUGUCAGGGAUUACUAGCAUUAGUUGAACUAGGAGUGCUAGAAAUUGCUCAUACCAUGUCAACUGUGGUAACCUUACUGCCUACUACACACAAUUAUUCAGCAAUAAUAUCUACAAUAGCUGGUCUACUAAUUUUGGAUUUAAAAUCUCGCCUGACUCCUGGCCAGCCCUACAAAUGUCAAUUCUCUCUUCGGUCUCCUCAACAUCCUUUUAUUACUGUGUUAGAAAAAAAUAAAGAAGUGGAAGAUGACAUACUGGUGCAGAUGCAAGCAUUAUGCAAUCACCCUGAAUAUAUAGUUGCAUCAAACAGUUUAGAACUUUUACGACCAGUUUUCCUAUGGUUGACCUGCAGCCCCCACAGUCAUGGCAUAAGGCCCUGGCAAUUGCUCCUAAGUCUGCCCCAAACAGCAGCACAAUCUACAUUGUUGUUGGCUUGCAUCAGUUCUCAACAAAUUUGCAAUUCAAAACAAAUAGAGCAGGCCUUUGCAGCAUAUUCAGUAGUUUGUGAUGCAGCAAUAUAUCAACAAAGACGGGAGCAUGUCAUGGCAUUCCUACCCAUGCUUGCUAGAGUUUGUGGGGAAUUAGUGAAUCAUGGGCGCGAUCCUCGAGGUUGCUACAAUUUAAUAGAGAGAUGCUUUGCCCUCGACGCGCCAGAGUUGAAAGUUGUAGCUGGAAUUACUCUAAUGCUGUUAGCGAAGAAUUUAAUCAACACAUCUGCUUUAUAUUUACAUGAAUUGUUUAAUCUGUGUCUUAACAUAAUAAGCAAAUAUGAAUACUCAAAAAUAUGUUUGAGCUCGUUUGUUGGUCUAUCCCUGCAAUGGUUGCAUUUACCGUCAUAUUUAACCAAUAACGCCUUAAAAGUGGCUUCAAAAAUCUUAGAACUUCAUCAAAACGACCAGAAAAUUGAUACAGGACUAUAUAUGGCUAAUCUAAAAGCUAAUACAAUAUUCCAAUCAUUAUUAUAUACAGAUAAAGAUUUAUAUAUAUACUUCAAAUUAUUAGAAAUAUGGGAGAAAGGAAGGGAUAAUCCAGAACAAUUGAAGAGUUGGUUUGAUUGCUUAACAGAAAGCAAUGAUGAUUUGAAGUUAGAUCUGUUAACGUUUUUUGUUGGUGUUGCCAUGUCUAAUGAGGAUGAAGAAAUUAAUUUAAAGGCGAUAAGAGCAAUAAUAGAUCUUGUGAGGGUGAAAAAAGAAAUAUCUGUGUCAGUGUUGCCAGUUCUGAUGUACAAAAUAGCGAAUGAUAAACGGCCAAAUGUUAAGUUGGAAUGUUUGAGAGGUUUGCCCUUAAUGGCUACUACUAAGGAGAAUGUUCCUGCAUUAGUGUCAAUAUUGAACAAAUUGAAAGCCGGUAAAGGAGUGCCUUCGUCCCUCCUCAUUAUGUUGUACACCAGUUUAGCGGAGACACAGGUCCGGUGUUUCCCGUAUCUUCUAGAGUUAUUGGUGGACACUACAGUGAGGCCUGACGAGUUGAAGUGGGAGAUAGACGUGGCUAAAGCAGUUGCUGUUAAACGGAUUUGUGAGAUUCGGCCAUCAACAAACGGUCUGGAGUUGGUGUCAGUGAUAUCGUCAAUCCUGAACCGUUGCACGGACCGCGCGGGGGCCCCCGCCACCUGCCUCGCGCUGGAGGCCCUGGCGCACCUGUGGAGGGGCAACGCCGUGGCGCCGCCCGGCACGUGGCGGGCCCUGGAGCCCCGUCUGGGGAGGGACAAUAGGCAUCUUGUUCAAAUUAGUCUGUGCAAGCUGCUAUCAGAGAUACCGGGCCUGCGAGUGGCGACGCCGGAGUACGACAGGCUGGUGACGUCGGCCGCGGCCCGGCUGUGGCAGUACGUCGCGGAGAGCCACGCGCCCGCCGUCGCGCACGCGUCCUGCGCCGCCCUGGCAGAGUACAGGGUGGAGGAUUACAAGCUCAAAGAUGUUCCUGAGAUAUAUCGAAGGACAGUCAAACUACCUCCGUCCUUUUGCAAAACGCCGAUCGAUGCCGCCAGGAAACCUGAAGACGUUCUAGACUAUGUGCCGUGCGAAAUUUGGCCAGAAGUGUUCAAAAGCACAAACCAAUCGGCUCUCAGCAGCGUUGAGCACCUGGUGUCCACCCUCAUGGAGAGGGAGGUGAAAGGGUACCGCAGCGGGGUGUACCAGCAGCCGCGCGAGCCCCCCGCGCUGGCCUACCUGCCGCCCGCCAGCGUGGUGCGAGGGGUCAUGGAGGGCUUCCGGAGACAGGUGACAUCUCCCUCGUACGACUAUUCAGACGCGGUCCUCCUAUCGAUGCUGUCGACCCUCACAGCGGAGUACUCGAAGCCCCUGCCUCCGCUGGACCUGAGUUUCCUGCACGAGGUGUUCCACCGCGGAAAGGCCUGGAAGGCCGGCAGCGUGAAGUUGGCCGCGAGGCAGGCGCAUACGUCCGGCUCUGCUAAGCGGUUGGUGGACAACUUCAUGCUCAAUAUCGUGCCCGGGACCAGUGAGCAAUCAGACAUAAUGCUAUUCUUCGAGAACCUGCCGAUUCUAUGUCGCACAAUGCCACCAAACUCCAUCCGGCCGACGCUGGAGCGUUGUCUUGCCGACUCCUUCUCUCAAGACAGCAAGGACCCUGAGGAUCUGUUCAUCCAGCAGCUAGGCAUCAUCAGGGAGUGCUUGGAGAGUGAUAGAAUCCAUGAUGCGAACAGGACUCUUCUAUCGCAGAUACUUGAGAACUACUUCUCUGUGAUUGGGGAUGAUCAUGUGGCGUGGCCAGCGUAUGUAGAGACCUGCCGCACUCUUUCCACGAAGUACCUGGAGCGCAUGACGUCCCCCUCCGGCUGGUGGGAGGUCACGGGUUCGUUGCUGCGGAAGACAGUGUCCAUCCGCAGUCGCCUGGCCGCACUGCCUGAUAUUACUGCACCCCUAAUGUGGCUGAAUGAGGCUAUUGAUGCCCAUGCUGGGUGUAUAACUGAACAAGAGUACUCCCUCCGCUGCAUGUGGCCGGCGCUGCGCGCGGCGAGCUCGGCGCCGGUCACGCGGGACUGGUUCCUGCAGCUGCUCGCGAGGACUCAGGUCGCUUUUAAUGAGACGGAGGAGGAGUCCGCCAAGCAGUACCUGGUGGACGUGUUCUCCCUCGCCGUGAUCUCGUUCAGCGGGCUGUGGCGCCUGGAGCCGGGGCCGCGCGCGCCGGGCGGGCGGGGUGGGCGCGCCGCGCUGCCCGCCGCCGCCGCCGCGCUGGCCGCGCGCGCCGGCUGGGACGCCUGCACGCCGCAGUUGUUAGAGUGGCUGGUGCACACGCGGGCGCGCGUGCGGGGCGCGGCGGCCUGCGCGCGCGCGCUGCUGGCGCUGCGACACACCGAGGCCUUCGCUGCCCAGAGGGUGUGGACCCGGAUGAGGGAUAUAGAAGAAAUA